AUGAAAAAUGCUGAGGCCCUCAAAAAAGGUUAUGAUGAGACAGAGAACUUAACAUCGCGUGCUAACGGAGUCUCUGGCCUGAUGCGCGUCGAGGAACAGACUAAACGCUUUAUCCGUGUAUCGCAGUUGGCUGUCGGUGACGUGAUACGCGGCAUCACCGGGAUAGAUAAGAACCCUGCGUGGUGCAAGGUAUUGGCCGUAUUUCCAGUGGCACAUGGUCAGACACAGACUACGUAUGACGGGUUCACUGCAGGUCAGAUGGUCGUAGAGCGUACAGUCCACCCGUAUGGCGCAUAUGGAACGUUACGUACAGGUUCUGUGUUCACACUAGCGACAGAGUGUGAUGCUGUGGUAAACUCAGCCGGAAAAACGUUCACGCCCUUAAGUACAGCAUUCUGUCCAUUCCAGUUGAGUUGGAAACAGUAUCUUCAGUUGAUCAGUUCGAUACGCCGCCUAAUCGGCCUCACUGGAAAUUUCUGGUUUAACCUGAAUGUGUACCACGACAACGAGACAGCACCUGUACCGCACUGGGUCGACCGGCUUCCUCAGCUAUGCCAGGAGCUCCUGCAAUGCUCGCGACAGGACCUUUCGCAGUGCUUAAAACUUCGGAAGGUUAUGGUAGAAUUUGCGCAGACGUACCUUAGCAAGGAAUACGCUGAGGUCGUGGAAAAAGCUCUUACGAAGAUUUACGGCGAUACAGAGCAAAAUGACGAGGCUGAGAGCACAACAGUGGAACAAUUUUCACAGGGAAGUAGGCGCGUGUUUCUGAUGAUGGUUGUAGGUGCCACUGUGCUGCUUGUAGCACUGAUACUAGUUGUAGCUGUGUUCAUUGAUUUCUACCGCCAAAGAAAGGUCAGAAGGGUAACUCGUUAUUCUCCGGUGAAGGUUCAGCUUUAA